CCAAAUACUUGUCACAACAGUGGAAUAAAGCUUCAGGAAGGGGUGAAGUGGGAAAACUAAGGAUUGCCAAAAAUCAAGGAAGAACAGAAGUGUCAUUUACUUUGAAUGAAGAGCUUGCAAGCAUCAAUGAUAUUGGAGGAAAACCUGCUUCAGUCAGUGCACCAAGGGAACAUCCAUUUCUUUUGCAAAGUGUGGGAGGACAGACCUUAACAGUGUUCACAGAAAGUUCAGUAGAAAGCCAACCAGAAGAAAAAUCUGAAAGCAGCAGCACUGAUAAACUUGCCUUGGAAGGAAUAGUGGUGCAACGUGCUGAAUGCAGACCUGCAGCUAGUGAAAAUUAUAUGAAACUGAAAAGAUUACAGAUAGAAGAAUCUUCUAAACCUGUAAGGCUAUCACAGCAGCUGGACAAAGCCGUAACCACGAACUAUAAACCAGUGGCUAAUCAUCAAUAUAAUAUUGAAUAUGAGAAGAAGAAGAAAGAAGAUGGAAAACGGGCUCGAGCUGAUAAACAACAAGUGUUGGACAUGCUUUUUUCAGCCUUUGAGAAACAUCAGUAUUACAACAUUAAAGACCUGGUGGACAUAACCAAACAGCCGGUGAUAUACUUGAAAGAAAUUUUAAGAGAAAUAGGCAUCUACAACGUGAAGGGGACCCACAAAAACACAUGGGAGCUAAAGCCAGAAUACAGACACUAUCAAGGAGAAGACAAGAGUGAUUAACAAAAGCAUUUAUGAAGCAAGAGAGAAUUAGAGUGAUUGCACUGAGGGAACCACGGUGAUUUUACAGACAGGACUAAGCACAGCGCAAUUCUGCAAGGUUCAAGUUAAAUUAAAGCAGCUGAUACUUUGUAAUUUUCCAUAGCUUCAUUUUUUUCCCAAGGAAUAUUUCUUGUAUGUUUCUAUAAGUGUUUUGUCUUUUGACAGGAAAAAAAUAUUUAUAGAAUAAACUUGUAUUAGAUUUAUCUUUAUUAGAAAUCUUUUGAGUUCUGAUCUUACUUUUUCUUGGUAGCUUUGUGGCUUUUCCAAGCCUUGAUGACUUUGAAGGAAAACGUGUCCUAGAGGAACCCGUAACUUUGUGGGUUUGCAUUCCAGUGGAACCAGGUUAAUACCCUCACUUCUGCUGGGAUCUGUCAGGGCUUCAUCUGGAAGGCUGUAAAGGUACACAACCCUUUGUGCAGCGUUUGGGUGGAACGGACAGGAUGCUCCUUUUGGGAUCGGGCUUUAGGAAAAACAGCCACAACCGUGGUGCUUAUCACAGUCCUUAGACUCCAUGGGAACAAAUCAACAGUUAAAAACCCAUAAAGCAAAGGCUGUUCAAUACACAGGUCAGUGGGAAGAUGACAGUCCCCUCCAGGUGAUUACUGAGAAAAAAAAUGAAAUGUCUGUCUGUUAGGUACAUCAAGGAAUAGACUUAUCUUUCAUUUGUUUUUUAUGUUGUUACUGAUGUUUUAUGUUUAAGCAUAUCAAUAAAAGCAUUAUUUUAAUUUGUACC